GUGUGAAAAAGGUGUCGGUGAUGAUCAUGGACUUUCAUCAGUCUUUUUUUUCUUUUUUUCUGAGACUAGACCUUCAUCAGUUUAUAUAGUAUUAACUUGACACCCAAUCCACCAAAAUAAAGCUAGAAUUCCAACAAUCCUAUACACCAAGCCUUCUAACCUCGUUUCUCUGUCUUGAGCAGAACCCCAUCUCAACAAAAACUUGUAUUUUUAGGCCAUGGCCAUGUUGAUCAGAAGCUCAAUGAGUUCUCGCAGUUCUAGGCAUUUCCAGGUUUCAGUUAUAAGACCCAGUUGUCUGAGUACUAAUCACUGGGACCGAUGUCGUUUCCUCGAAAAUCGGAGCUUCUUGCAGCCACUUAUCAUGAAGGUCGAAAAUGGUAGCCACAAAAAGAUGGACGUGGUUGUCAAUAGUGCUGAACCAGGAACUCCUCUUCCUUUUGAUCCUUCCGGUACUAAUUGGUACGUCGAAUCGAUGAGGGAACUAUGGCUUGUGGGGAUGCUUUUCUCAGUAGUUAUACCCUUUCGCAAGAACAGAAUGUGGCCAUUGCUAAAAUUCAAGGAGACAUUUUCAACGGUGCUGCAUACAAUGAAAGAUACGGCAGAAAUGGUAGAGGAGGUGGCUGAGAUGGUGGAGGAGGCAGCUGACGACAUUGCUGUUCAUCUUCCAGAAGGGAAACUUCGAAGGGCAGCAAGGUUUGUUGAGAGUGUGGCAAGAGAAGCAGCCAAGGAUGCUGUGCUAGCAGAAGAUGUCAUUAAAAAGGCUGAGGAAUUCGAAAAGGAGAUGGAUUCUAUCAUUGAGCAAGGCAAUCAGAAAAUGGAAGUAGAAAAUGACACCGAAAAUCAUGCAGCAAAAGCGACUGAGAUUAAAACAAAGAUAGCAGAGAUCAAACAAAUGAAUGCUGUUAAAAAUGAGAAAAUAAAAAGCUAAGGCAGCAGAUGGCUCAAAGUAGCAACUCAUGUAUUUAUUUUUAUUGUUUUUUUAACAAACAAUAUUAUCUGUAUUAUAGGAGUGAAUGAGUGUGCUAAGUCUUAUAAUGAACUAACAAUAAUGUGGUUCAAAUUCGUCUUUGGCGAGAAUAGAACUUAAAAGCUCUCACUUACAAGUGAAAAUGAAACCAUCCGUGAAUUUUAUUUGGGUUUAA